AUGGUCGCCGGGUCAGCAGAUGGUCCGGUGCGGACUGGCAAUGAAACACCCCCGUUGGAGAAGAAGCAAAAAACGCCCGCUACCGAACGUAUCGGACUGGACACGAAAGAUGCGCUACAGUGUCUGCAUGACGACAUUGAAUCGAUGCUGAGCGGCCACGAGGAACGUUUUCGGCAGUUAUUUUGGAUGAAAAAGAUACGCUCAACGCUUGUCGGUACAUCCACCAGUCCGCUCGGUUGGUUUCCGGUGCUCGUAUCACUGCUGUGCGCGCUGUCACUCACUGUAACGGGAUAUUAUUGGUCGGCGGGACUGUUGUUUGCACUGCUGCUGCUUACAAUAGCUGUUGUGGUGCGUGAAAAUAAUCUACGCAAGACGGAAAUCUUCCGCAAGCUGCGUACGGUUUUGCACGAAAUUCAGCUCGGUAUAGUACUGUGCAGGGAGUGGACGAUUGACAACUAUCCGCACCUUUGCAGUCCUCUGUCACCGUGCGUUACGCUCCAGUGGACGUACCGGGAUGGGCACGUGGUGAAUCUACCCUGGGCGUUGCUGGUGCGGGGGGAUCACAUCGUGAUGCGACCGGGUCAGGUAUCGCCCGGGACGUGCCGGGAGGUAGGUGGGCGAGGUCGACGGUUCAAGUGUGGCGAAACGUACGGGCUGCAACAACCGACCGAUCCACCGAUUAAACCUAUCGCCCGCACACCGCUGCCGGAUCUGGUGUGUGUGGUCGAGGCGACACCCUACCUUGACAUACUGCGCAAAUCGCUCGACAGCUUUCUCGAUCGACCGAAAACCAUCAUCAAUCUGCAGCGGGACCUGCUGGUAUCGCGCUGUCUGCAACGGUGGGGUUUCGGUGUGAUCCUUUUCCUAACCGUGUCGAUCGGCAUCCUGCGCAACGUCGGGCUAUAUCUGCAGGGCAAACUGCCCACGAACUGGAUGAACGUAUUUCUGCUGAAUCCGACAGCUGCGGUACUGCCGCUGCUGCCGCUCAUCUUCCCGCUGCUCUGGGUAUCGAUCAAUCUGUGGGGUGUGGCACGGCUCGAAACGCUCCUAUCAAUCCCGCAGGCCGUUAUGCGCGCCCAGGCACAAAAGUCUUUCGCCGAGGAUCUCGACACACCAACUGGUGAUCUUGACCACGUGAAGUUACCUCGUCGUACCGUGUUCUUCUACUGGUGGCAGUUGCUCAAGGGCCGAUCGGAACUGCUAGGGCGCAGUGCUAGCGUCGUACAGGUGCUCGGUACUAUAACGGCACUUUGUUGCGUCGAUAAGAAAGGUAUACUGUCGUGGCCAAAUCCAACCGCCGAAAAAGUGUUCUUUCUGCGGAACGCACGCGAAGGCGACCACAACACGGACCAGUCAGAGCAGAGCAGUCUUAACUCGCAGUGCUGCCAGGAGCAUUACCACCCACUCUCACAUAUCAUCGAGCUGAGCUCACAGAAGGAACCACUCGGUGCGAUCGCAGAGGUGCUAGAUCUCACGCACGACCAGCACAGUCCGUUCAAGCUCGAGUUUGACGAUCACGAUUUCAAGAAUCAUCUUACCUCGUUAAAGCCGCUCGGUAUCGCCAUCCUGGUAAACACGUGCUGCCCAUUGACGCAAGCCCAUUAUGCCAAAUUCUGUGGCCACGUGACGGCAGCCGCGAUGCUCGAUAAGGAUCUCGUUCCGGUCACCAAUCGGUAUGCGAUUGUUGAGUCGAGUUUGAAUUGCUUUAUGCAUGGCCGAUGUCUGUGUGAGCUCGCGAAGCAGAUCGGAUUUUCGCCCCAGGCCCGGGACAUAUUCCAGCUCGAAGGUCAAAUAUCGAGCUAUCGCCAUCUGCAACCGGAUGUAGUGCGGCGGGACAUUCGCUUUGCCCGAUCGCUGCAGCUGGCCACGAAGGUGAAGGUACCGUUUCCGCACUCGCUCUCGGUGGUGAUGCGCGAGAUUAACAACGGUUCGCUGCAGCUGCUCACGCAGGGUACGGCCGACAUUGUGCUGGACUGUUGCGACGACUACUGGGACGGGCAGGAUCUGCAACCGCUGACGGAGAAGGAACGCAAGCGUGCGCAAGACUUUUACCAGCGUUCCGCACUGACCGCGUACUGUACGGCGUUUGCGUACCGGCCCCUGCGGCACGGCAUCAGCGGUGCACUGUCCGGUGGUCCGAAAGGUGGCAGUGUUGCCUACCUGGAGCUGCCACCGGAGAGCAAACAUCGGCGGGAUCUGUAUCGGCGGGAAAACUACAGCGAUCUGGUCGGCGGUGGCCAAUCCCUGAUCGGGUGCGCCGACUGUGGUACUGAUAAUGCUAGCGGUGGAGGUGUAGGCGGAGCAGUAGGAGGAGGUGGAUUACGCACCGGAAGUGCCGGGUUGGGUGGGUUAGGUGGCAUAGCACCGCUGGCGCACCAUUCCAUCUCGACCGAUUCGCUGCUGUUUACGGACAAUCGGGACGACGACAUCUCGGACGUGGAUGGGUGCUACCGUAUGCAGUGCCACCAGGUGUUUAUCGGUAUGGUCACGAUGCAGUACCAGGCGCAGACGGACAUUGUGCAGCUGAUCGAGCGGCUCGAGCGGGCCUGCAUCCGGUUCGUGCACUUCAGCAAGGAGAACGAGCUGCGGUCGCGCGUCUUUUCCGAGAAGAUGGGUCUGGAGAGUGGUUGGAACUGUCACAUCUCGCUGCUGAGCGAUGCGGACAGCCGUGCGUCGACGCCGACACGCGACGACGCCGGUGACGGUGGUGCGGACACGGGCAAUGGUGGGUCCGAGACGGGGGAGUGUGGUGCGGAGCAGCGGGUACGGUUGCUGGAUGCGCUGCUAAUGCCGGGCACGCUCGAGUCCUCGAAACCGCUCAGCUCGUCCGCACCGUGCGCCAUCUCGAACCCGGACUCGAACAGUCUGCUCGAACCGGGCCAGUCGGGCGGUGGUGGUCGGGUGUCACCGGCCCCGAGCGGGCUCACCACGUCCGGUGAGUGUGACACGGCCGACCAGGAUCAGAAGCAACAGCAGCAGCAGCAGCAGAAGGUGAUCGGGGGCGGUGGGCACUGUCGGUCGCUGAGCUGUCUCACCGACAGUACCGAGCAGAGCGCCCCGAUCAACUUCGACAUGUCGAACCGGGCCAAGUUGCCGCGCGGCAUCGAAAACAUUCGGCCCCAUCUGGAGCACGUCGACAAUGUGCCGCUGCUGGUGUCGCUGUUUACCGACUGUUCGGCGGAGGCGACACGCGAGAUGCUCAACAUCAUGCAGCAGUACGGUGAGAUCGUCGUCUGUCUCGGCUCGUCCGCAUCCAACUCCAACUCGGAGAUCUUCCUGCAGGGCGACUGUUCGAUCGCGAUCGAACCGCUUUACCCGCAGGUGUGCCAGGAGUUCCCGGCGUACAGUGAGUCGAACAUCUACAACAACCGGGCCCGGUCGGUACCGGGACAGUGCGGUCCGGGUGCUUCCCCGGUCGGUGCGCCGCUGCCCGAUCGGUGCAAAACCAUCUCGCCGGUCUACCUGAGCCGUAUACUGAACUCGAUCUCCUGCUCGAUUGCCACGUGCCGGGACGAUCCGAUCUCGAUCGUGGCGGUGAUUGAGCUGUCACGCCGCUUCAUGGCCGGACUGUGGAGCUGCGUACAGUACUGGGCGUGCUGUGGGGCAUCACUCGCCAUUAUGAACACGAUCACCGCUAUACUGUCCCUUCCACCGAUGGUGGUACCGCUGCACACGCUCUACCUGAUGUGCAUUGUGGUGCCGCUCGUUGCACUGACGCUGCUGCGCGUCGAACCAGACCCGGCACUGAUGAAGCGAGCGACCGGCAAGAAGCAGAAAACACUCACCUCCCGCUUGGUGCUGUUCGUGCUCUGGUGCUACGGCAUCAAGUUCGCCAUUGCGAUCAUCGUACUGGUGCUCGCGUACUGUACGUUCCUGUCCCACCCGAUCGAACUGUUCGCUAGUGGUGGUGAAACCGCCAGGCGUGUCCAUGGUACCGAUCUCGACGUUGAUGCUGCCGAUGGCACGCAGGCGGCAACGAUACACCGCGCUAUUGGCGAACCCGAACAAGCACUGGCCGGUGAUCUACAUCUGGCCCGGUCCUUCAUUCUGCUCGGCAUCGUACUGCACUUCGUUACGAUAUCUGCAUCGUUCGUACAUCGCGACUACAACUGCUUCAAGCGCAGCCCGCUGAGCAAUCUCUGCUGGGUGUCGGUGGUGGCACUGCUGCUGCUGGUCCACCUGACACUAGUCGUGCUACAGCUCUGCACCGACAGCUACCUCUGGCAGGAGAUGGAACGCGUCUGGCCGAUCGUGCUGUGCAUCGUGCUCACCGUGCUGCUUACCUUUCUUGCGAGCGAAUUCUUCAAGUGGGAAGAGAUCAAGGUCAACAACCGCUACAUCCGCAGGGCUAGGCUUGACUUCGGUACCAAGCUCGGUAUGAACUCGCCAUUUUGA